AUGGGAGUUGGAGCAAGCGAAGAUCAUCGCCACGCCAGCUACCAGAAGAAGCAGAAUGGAGGAGGGCAGCCACAAACCAGAUCCUCCAAGUUCAGGACCUUCAUCCUCAUCGUCCUGACGAACCUCUUCACCAUCUACAUCCUCACGGGCCCUUACUCUUUCGACCUCGAGGUCCCCUCCUCGCGCCUCCAGUCCUUCACCAACUGGAACUCCACUUCUUCCACCCUCGCCGCAGAGCUCCACUCCACAAAGCAGCAGCUGGCCACGUCUCAUUCGGUCAUCACCGACCUGCUGCAUCGCCUCAACUCCACCAACCUCCUCCUCCAGUCCCUCCUCAUCGAGCUCAGCACCCGCAGGAGCACGAACAGUGAGGAUGACAAUGAUGUACAUCAAUCCAUCACCACGGCAAGGCAGCUGAUUAUGAACCUGCCUCGGGAGGUCCAGCUCGCGAUGGGACCCCAUAAGUUGCCUCUGGGGUUCCAUCCGAGGACAGGCUCCGACGAGAUCCAUCCUCCUGUGGGAGCAGGAUGCCUGAACUACCCAAAGGAGCUGGAGCAGUUCCUGACCUAUGAGGUCGGGGGUGAGUGUCCCCUGGACGAUGUUUUCGCCCAGAGGAUGAUGCUCAGAGGGUGCGAGCCUCUCCCUCGAAGGAGAUGCCACCCUCGAUCUCCGAGAAACUACGUCAACCCCACGCCUUUCCCGGAGUCUCUCUGGACCACACCUGCAGAUACAAGCAUCGUCUGGGAGCCAUACACCUGCAAGAGCUACAAGUGCCUGGUGGACCGCAAGAAGUUCCCCGGUUUCUUCGACUGCAAGGAUUGUUUCGACCUUGAGGGCAGGGAGAAGGUGAGGUGGAUGGUCGACAGAGGAGGGCUGGAUUUCGGGAUGGAUCAGGUGCUUGCGACGAGGCCACGUGGCACGAUCCGAAUCGGGAUGGACAUUGGUGGAGGCAGUGGCACAUUUGCUGCGAGAAUGAGGGAGAGGAACAUCACCAUCAUAACCAGUACCAUGAACUUGGACGGUCCGUUCAACAGCUUCAUCGCGUCGAGAGGGCUUAUCUCGAUCCAUUUCAGCGUCUCUCAGAGGCUUCCAUUUUUCGAGAACACGAUGGAUAUUGUCCACUCCAUGCACGUUCUCAGUAAUUGGAUCCCUGACGUGAUGCUGGAGUUUACUCUGUAUGAUAUCUACAGGGUGCUGAGGCCUGGCGGGUUGUUCUGGCUCGAUCAUUUCUUCUGCUUCGGCUCGCAGCUCAAUGGGACCUAUAUUCCUAUGUUGGAUAGGGUCGGGUUCAAGAAGCUCAGGUGGCAUGCUGGGAAGAAGCUCGAUAAGGGCGCUGAUAAGAACGAGUGGUAUUUCUCUGCCUUGCUGGAGAAACCCAUGUCUUAG